CGACGAGGUGGAAAAUAGUUGUAAAAUGUGGCCAAAACUCGCUCAAAUGUUCUUCCUGUGAUUGUCGAAGUGAAUUCCUUUGCACCCCUAGAAAAGUGUCCGUUUUAGAUAGCCGCCAACAUUGAAAACUCUUCCUCACAAAACGGAGUGUAGAGAAGCGUUUGCUUCUCGUGUUCUGCCAACAAAAAUGAUGUUCCGUUUGCGAGUAAAGAUUUUCUACGUGUACAUUAUCAUUUCGUGCGUGUUUAGCGUCUACCUGUUUUACUUGAUUUCCAAGUACUCGUUCGAGAAGAUUAUGAACUAUCACCGGCACGCUAGGAGUAACAAAUUCCCUGACCGGCCACGGAUACCGCAGAUUGUGGGACACUACGUCGGGGUCGGUUCGGUGGGCAAUCUUUCGAAAGAUUUCAUGAAUUCGAACAACUUCGACCCGAUACCCGGUGUUGGUGAGAACGGGGAUCCGGUUGUUAUACAGGCGAAAGAUUUGCUACGGAUGCAACAGUUGUUUCAGAUUAAUCGUUACAACCUGCUCGCAAGUGACCGAAUCGCACUGAACCGAAGUCUUCCGGACGUACGGAAGCCGAAAUGCGGCUCGAAACAGUACCCAAGCAAGUUACCCACGACCUCCGUCAUCAUAGUCUUCCACAACGAAGCCUGGUCGGUGCUGCUGCGUACGGUUUGGAGUGUUAUUAAUCGUUCACCGAGAGGAUUGGUACGAGAAAUUCUGCUCGUGGAUGAUGCCAGCGACAGGCGGUUUCUGAAGCACGAGCUGGACAACUACGUCCAACGGCUACCCAUUUCGGUGACCAUUCUUAGAUUAAGCCAACGGGAAGGGCUGGUAGCCGCCCGACUGCUCGGUGCUAGGAUGGCCAGUGGGGACACACUAACCUUUCUCGAUGCCCACUGCGAGUGCUCACCCGGUUGGCUUGAGCCACUGCUUGCCCGAGUGCAGGAAAACCCGAAGAAAGUCGUCUGCCCCGUGAUCGACAUCAUUUCGGAUGAUAAUUUUUCGUACAUAAAGAGUUUCGAGUUUCACUGGGGUGCGUUCAACUGGCCGCUGCACUUCCGGUGGUACACGCUGAGCGAUGAGGAGCUUACGGAGCGAAGAAAGGAUACUUCCACCCCGUUCCGGACGCCAGCCAUGGCCGGUGGGUUGUUUACGAUCGAUCGGAAGUAUUUCUUCGACAUCGGUGCGUACGAUGAGCGGUUGAAGAUUUGGGGUGGGGAUAAUUUGGAGAUGUCCUUCCGGGUGUGGCAGUGUGGUGGGGAGGUAGAGAUUGCUCCGUGUUCUCAUGUCGGUCAUUUGUUCCGUAAGAGUUCGCCGUACACGUUUCCCGGAGGCGUGAGUGGGAUUCUGAAUGAAAAUCUUGCCCGUGUAGCUUUGGUGUGGAUGGACGAUUGGGCGAAAUUUUUCUUCAAAUUCAACAAAGGCACUGAAGAGUUUAAAAAUCUAAACGUGUCCGACCGCAUCGCUCUGAAACGGUCGCUUAACUGCAAAUCGUUCGACUGGUACCUGCGGCACGUCUGGCCGCAGAACUUUUUCCCCGCACCGAACAAAUUCUUUGGCCGCAUACAACCGAUCGACCUCACGACUAACUUCGACUACCAGGAGUACCUCACGCUGAUGAAGAAGAUCAACCUGAUCGUCAAGAACCUCAACCCGGAGCUGAAGUGGAAGUUUCUCAUCAAAUACCUCACGGAGAACGUGAAGCGCAUCGGUGACUCGAUGAAGGCGGCCAAGCACAGCCCGUACUGUCUGCACAAGCCGAAAACCAAUCCCGCCAUCAACCAACCGUACGGCCAGUCGUAUCUGCAAAAGUGUUCACUGCUGAUCAACACCCUCGACGAGCAGUUCGUGAUCGAUGACUAUGGUCGUAUCAUGACCGACGAGGGUAUCUGCCUCGAUUCGUACCGCAAGACCAGCAUCGACGGGGAGGAGUUGGUAGAGGGUGUGCGUAAGAUUAAGAUGGUUACCUGCGGCAGUCAGAAACCGAACCAACGUUGGGUCUACGAAACGGAUACGUACCAUCUGAAGAACAUUGGCGAUGGGGCGGAGUGUCUCGAGCGCAGCGCGACGCUGGUCCGCGAUGAAGGAGCGGACAAGUACGAGCUUUUCCUCGGCCCAUGUGACGUACGGAAUGAGCUACAAAAGUGGAUGCUUUUCCCGGUGGCAUGGAAGUAAUGGCACCCCUCGGUAUCCACUGAUCGAUCUCUGGGAUUUAUUUAGAUUUAAAACUAGUCGUCGACACAUUUAGGAGGAAGUCAUCCUAAAAAGCGAUUUCAACGCACAGGCAGGAACGUAAGAUGUACAUCAUGUUUCCCCACUAGUUAACAAGAGCAAUUUAAUCCUAGUGAAUAACUUAAGAAUCAAACAGAAAGGUGGGUAAAACAUUGAACCGAUACCAGGUGGCGGUAGGGCUAAAGGACAACGCAGUGCCAAUCAGAAACGGUCAGUAGGUUGCAUACAGAAGGUUGUACCAGUUAUUCCGAGAGGUUCCCCCUUGUCUUGCACGAACCUCACCAUUCACACACAUACACAGACUGUUCCAGUAUUAUCAGAGGGACAAUUUUCCAGUUAGUUGUAAGGAAACGUACGGUAUUUCAUACAGAGACUUAAGGUGGAUAAUAUUGCAACUUUUUUUUUAUAUACAUUUUCUUCCAUUCGGGUCAUGGGUUACGGUAACAAGUAUUAACUGUUCUUGGGUUUUGCGUUACUUUUUGAGUUCUUUCUUUUACCUGGUCGUGCUACUUACCUUUACAAACUCAAACAAGACUCGCUAGAAUACUCUCUUAGACUAUGAUGUACUGUAGGCGUUUGUUUUUGUACUUCUUUUCGCUUAGACUGUUAGAAUUAAUAUAAUUUGAAUCUGUGAUAUUGUGAAUGUAACAAAAGCAAGCAUAUGACAACCUGAAGGAGAAAAUCGAACAUCACCAAUCUACCGCUCAAAUAUAUAUAAAUGCAUAGUUUCUAACACAACUCAAAUGGCUUCGUCCGUUUGUUCGUUUUCAUCUAUCGUGCAUGAUAUUUAUUUUUCCAUUUGAUUUCUUUACUACAUAUACAGUAACACAAAAGCACUAAAUACAUGUACACAAGAAAGUAUUUCUUAUCGCUAGGGAAAGGAAAGGUUUGGGGUUUUUUUUCUUCGUUUGUUUUCCGUGAUUGGUGAUCAGAUUUGUGUUUGUUUCUUCAUGCUUCGUUCACAAGGAGUAAUAAUUAUAAAGUAGAAAACGGUAAUGGUACUGCGGGCGAAAGUAUGAGAAGCUUGUUCAGUGUGUGUAAAAUUAAGUACAAUACAAUAAAAUAAAAGAAAGAAAGGAUAAAACUGUGCCCUUGCUAACCGUACAAGGGGGAAAGACUAAAAAGGCAUGGUUUGAACUUAGAGCAAUGUGAGUUGUAACCUGUUGGCAUAAUACUCUAUCGU